UGACAUGUAAGCAGUGCUGGCGAAUAUUUGCAAGUACCGACCGUACCAAGUUACGUAAAGUAGGAGUGACAUAUGCAUGACAUAACAGGAGUAUGCGCACAAAGUACAUCUAUUAUCUCAGUAUUUGCCAGUGAAAUUUCUUUGAAGAUUAGAUAUGGACGACGCCGACGACAUUGACGACUUACACCUACGAUAUCCUUCCUCGCUUCGCGCACCUUCCACAUUGAAAUCUGCACCAAUGAACCGUAUAAAACAUAUGCGAGUGGCGCGCGCACUCAGCGGGAGGUUAGAUAGGGUGAGCGUGCUUGGAGGAGAAGACUGGGGACAUACUGGCUGCGUCAACGCGGUUAGCUGGGCGCAGGGUGGGGAGCUAUUAAUUACCAGUGGAGACGAUACCAAAGUUCGAGUCUGGCGGAUGGACCCGUCAUGCUCUACUGGUGCGAACGCAUCAAAUGCUGAAACUCAGGAAGAGUAUCCAUUCGCGUGCCAGAGUGUAAUCAGCACAGGUCAUACACAGAAUGUCUUCAACGCGCAGAUGCUUCCGUUUUCUACGAGGAUUGCAACUGUCUCUGGAGAUCGGCAAGUUCGUGUGUUCGACGUGGGCGAGGUGGUGGGGCAGUCGCCUACGGGAAGCGAAAUGGAAUAUACCACGCAGGAAUCGUGUAUUCGCGUGCUGCGCUGUCACACCGGGCGCACGAAGCGCAUAAUCACUGAGGACAGCCCCGAUCUAUUCCUUACCGUAGCUGAGGAUGGCCAAGUACGUCAACAUGAUUUGCGUACAUCACAUUCGUGCACGUCAAGCUCGUGUCCUGCACCGCUGGUGACGCUUCCGCAUGAGCUUUCAACACUUUCACUUUCGCCGCUCACACCGUAUCAAUUUGUCGUGGGCGGUGAAUCACCAUAUGCGCACUUGUUCGACCGCAGGCAUGUGGGGCGUUACUUGCAUGCAGAGUGGGGCGUCCCUCCUGAUACAAAUAGCGCAACUACAUGCGUGAGGAGGUUUGGCCGCCGCUCACGCGCAAAGGGAGAACGAAAGGGAUAUGAACAUAUUACUGGCGUGCGGAUGUCUGAUUGGAAUGGGCACGAGGUGCUGUUAUCAUAUCACUUAGCCGGGGUAUUUCUCUAUUCAACGCAAGACGAGCCUGAAAUUUUCGAGGACAAACGAAGUCCACACUCAAUCCUCACGCCUAACGCGAAGCGGAGACGACUCAAGAUGAUUGUCGAGAACCAACUGGAAUCAUUAUUUACAGACAGUGCAAUGAACGACAUUGGUAACCCAUCGCAAGAAGGUGACGAAGAUAGCGAUGAUGAGGAUGAUGAUGAAGAUGAUGAGGAUGAUGAAGAUGACGAUGAGGAUAACCGCCUGUUUAUCCCCGAAGACGCAGAUUCACAUCAGGCUGUACCUGUGGUAUAUCCGCGCACAUGGUUUACUGGGCACUGCAAUAUUGAAACAGUCAAAGACGUGAAUUUCUUAGGGCCUCAUGACGAGUUCGUAACUUCAGGGUCAGAUGAUGGCAACUUCUUCAUCUGGCGGAAGUCGACCGGGGAACUUGUCGACAUUCUCGAAGGCGACCAACGUGUAGUCAACGUGAUUGAAAGCCACCCGCACUUGCCUCUGGUUGCUGUCAGUGGGAUCGAUACGACGGUCAAGUUAUUUGCCCCAGCUCGUGGAGUGCCAUUAUUCUCGAGAUGGAACAAUGCUGAAACGAUCAAAAAGAAUAAUGCGGCGCGUGUAUCACGGGCGGGUUUGAGUGGCAGUGCGGAGCUGCAAUUUGCACGUCUUGUCCUGAACUACCAACACGCGCUACGGGACAUUCGAGAUGGUGGAGGCGAGCAGUCGGAGACGCAGCUCAUGCAGUGCAUAAAUCAAUAAGAGAUUUAUCUGGUGUAUAUGUAGUAUAUAUAUACAGUACUUACGAGUAAUCUUGGUUUCGGAGGUGGUGGGCAUAUCACACGCAUGGGGCCAAAGUCGUGGCCCAAGUUCAUAACAAGUUCUGCAACAUACAAUCUUGAACUAGGAAUACGUGGUAGCCUUGCUACAUCUCAAGAUACUGCCAUAUCAUUUGGCGUCUCUAUCAAGUGAAAGUAUUCAUUUCCUGGCUUUUCGUCGCUCUGGAGUUUCAGAUGUCACUUUGAAUUGAUGUUUGAGUCGUGUAUGCUCGGGAGUGGUUCAUUAGGCCACUCUUGUUUGACUCACUGCCGCCGUGG